UAAAAAAUUCGGAGGAGCCGGGAAUUCAACGCACUAGCACGUAGCACCCCAUGGCAGAGCUUCCUUGCUUGUACGACGGGCUAAAGAAUCAGCGGCGGCAGGCACCGGAGCGCGACAAAGCAAAGCCACGAACGACCGACCGUGCCCCGACAGCGAGGGGCGGGCCGGCGUACUUCGAGGGGGACGAGGUUUCGUGGCCACGGAUGGCUCUACGCCUCCAUCGGCGCAUCCCGCCGAUGGCGACGCCCCUCUCAAACUCGCGGCUCACGUCGGCCCUCGCGUCGCGGUCGAUCAACCGCAGCCACUUGUGGGGGUCGACGGCGCAGUGCGCCACCAGGUGUCGACCGCGCGCCGGGCGACCACAUGGCCACCGCUCAUGAUGCCGUCGAUCGAUGGGCGUGAGGCCGCUGCGAAUCGCGGGAGCGGCCGGGACGGCCGCGGUGCCUCCACGUCGCGGCGAUCGGGGCCAGGAUCGGACGCCGCUCGCGGCCCGCGCCCAUGACCACGCAAACUGCACGUGUACGAUACCGGGGGACGUGGGGAGCGGAAAAGAUCUCACCACCGAGCGCCCACCUCGCGAGCUGGCUAGCUCGGUCGUCGUCUUUAAAUACGCGCCCGGGCGAGGAGAAGCACACCACGCUGCCUCGCCGUCGUUCGUCGUCCAUCGUCUCGUCUCUCCCGGCUGCGAGUCUAGAAGAGCGCGCGACGCAACCCCGCCUCACCCUACGUGCGAGAGCGAGAGAGUGCUGAGGCUGGCGGAGAUGUGCGGCGCGACGGCGAGGUGCGCGCUGUGCGGCGCGCCGGCGGACGUGCACUGCGCGGCCGACGCGGCGUUCCUCUGCGCGCCCUGCGACGCCAGGGUCCACGGCGCCAACUUCCUCGCCUCCCGCCACCGCCGCACGCGCCUCGCUGCGUCUAAGGAGGACGAGGAGGAGCAGGAGGCCCUGUCCGGGAUGACCACGUCGAGCUCAUGCGUGUCCACGGCCGACUCUGCGACGACAACGACUCCGGCGCCGGUGGGGCGGAGGCCCAAGAUCAGGAGCAGCCCCCGCGCGCGGGGCGAGGAGGUGCUCGAGGGGUGGGCCAAGAAGAUGGGCCUUCCGGCGGGGGUGGCGCGCAGGCGCGCCGCGGCGGCCGCGCGCACGCUCCGGGCCGUGGCCGCGGCGCCGAGGAAGGUGCCGCUGCGCGUCGCGAUGGCGGCCGCGCUGUGCCUGGAGGUGAUGGCGGCUCACGUCGGCGGCGCCCACGAGGCCGGCGACGCGCUCCGGCGGCUGGAGGCGUGCGCGCACGUGCCGGCGAGGGUGCUCGUGGAGGUGGUCUCGUCCAUGGGCCGCGCGCGCGCCAGCAGACCGGCCGCCGCCGUGGACGCCGAAGAGGGCUGGGGCGAGUGCCCGUGAUCCAACACACGAUCUCCUCCAACAACACAUGACCCGUGACUCUCAUGAGAAGGCGGCUAAUUAAGCUUUCUCGUUCGUUAAUUUAGUAGUAGUACUCCGUAGUAUAUUUCUAGAGAGUCGAGUAAAAGUUGAUCAAAUCUUGUUGUUAGUUAGAAGGAUAGCACUGUACGAUGUAAUCCAAAUGGAUGGUGUCGGCCAUGGCAGCAAAGUGGAUCACAUGCUGUUCAGUAGCAUACUUGUUAGUAAUUUAGCUGGACUGAUUAGGCUUCUGCAUUA